UAUAUAUACAUUCUUUUAUAUUCUCUUAUAUAAAACUCCUCAAUUUCUUGUUCAAAAUACUUAAAUAAUGUCGUCUUUGGGUUCCAUGCCGUUUGUGAUCGACCACAAUGCAAUGGAUAGAAGUGAUAUUCGGAUUCCUUCGUUUGCUCAUUAUCGAGCAAAAAAAUCACUUACCCAAUUGGCAUUUGUUUGUUGUAAUGGUAAUGUUAAAGUACCGAGGAUUAAAGCGACCGGAGAAAAGAGUUUUGGCUUCAAUGGUCGUCUAGAUAGAAACGAUGAUGCACUUGAUCAAGUUACAAUUGAUAAAAGUACUAAAGAUUUUGCCAUGCAUACAAACAUACAGACUGUUGAAAGAAGGGAAUCAAUUACAUCAACAAAAAACACCUCAAUCAGCUCAGAGAAAGAGGCCAUUCCUUCUGAAAAAAGUGAGCCCACCUUCUCCGGUGCAGCUUCUAGUAGCAGCAUUGAUGUAACUGAAGACGAGUUACAAGACACCCCAAUGCACCGUGAUAAUAGUAUAGAAGACUCCUUAAUUAACGAGCUUCAGUCAGCUGUAUCCAACGGCUCAUAUGAGACCUCCAAAGAUGCAAGUGGAUCAACAUUAGAUGAAAUAGAUGUUCCUGAGAGCAAUGAUGGAGAAACCCCUCCUUUAGCCGGCCCAAAUGUAAUGAAUGUUAUAUUGGUUGCAGCAGAAUGUGCUCCCUGGUCGAAAACAGGUGGUCUUGGAGACGUUGCUGGUGCUUUACCAAAGGCUUUAGCUGCACGCGGGCACAGAGUAAUGGUAGUGGUACCUCUAUAUGGUAAUUAUGCUGAACCUCAAGAUACAGGAAUUAGGAGACGGUAUAGAGUUGGCGGAGAGUCUCUGCAUUUUCAGGAUGUGGAAGUGGAGUACUUUCAAACAUAUAUUGACGGUGUAGAUUUCGUUUUUAUCAAAUGUCACAUGUUUAACAACUUGGGAAGUAAUAUAUAUGGAGGAAACCGUGAGGAAAUUCUACGACGAAUGGUCUUAUUCUGUAAAGCAGCCGUUGAGGUUCCAUGGUAUGUGCCGUGUGGAGGGGUCUGCUAUGGAGAUGGAAAUUUGGUUUUCAUUGCAAAUGAUUGGCAUACUGCAUUGUUGCCAGUUUAUCUAAAAGCAUAUUAUCGAGACAACGGAUUAAUGCAAUACACAAGAUCUGUUCUUGUGAUUCAUAACAUAGCUCAUCAGGGUCGUGGUCCAGUUGGUGAUUUUGGUCAUGUGGAUCUACCACCACACUACUUAGAUCUUUUCAGGUUAUAUGACCCCGUAGGGGGUGAGCACUUUAACAUCUUUGCUGCAGGUCUCAAGACCGCAGAUCGUGUAGUUACUGUGAGCCAUGGAUACGCGUGGGAACUAAAGACAAUGGAGGGCGGUUGGGGUUUACACAACAUAAUCAAUGAAAAUGACUGGAAACUUAGAGGUAUAGUCAAUGGAAUCGACACGAAAGACUGGAACCCUGAAGUGGAUGUUCACUUGACAUCAGAUGGUUACACUAAUUACUCUUUAGGGACUCUCGAUACGGGCAAGCCACAGUGCAAAGCCGCACUCCAGAAAGAGCUUGGCUUACCAGUUCGUGAUGAUGUUCCACUAAUCGGGUUCAUUGGAAGACUGGAUGUUCAGAAAGGUGUUGACUUGAUAGGCGAGUGUGUUCCAUGGAUAGUUGACCAAGAUGUACAACUAGUCAUGUUAGGUACAGGCAGACCGGACCUAGAACAUAUGCUUAGGGAAAUGGAGAGCCGAUACCCUGAAAAGAUCCGAGGAUGGGUAGGGUUUUCAGUCAAAACAGCUCACCGGAUAACUGCUGGUGCAGACAUAUUGCUAAUGCCAUCAAGAUUCGAACCAUGUGGUCUUAAUCAACUCUAUGCAAUGAGUUAUGGAACCAUACCAGUUGUACAUGCUGUGGGUGGUUUGAGAGAUACGGUGCAGCCAUUUGACCCUUUCAAUGAGUCAGGGGUGGGUUGGACAUUCAACAGAGCUGAGGCUGGCCAGCUAAUCCAUGCACUUGGCAAUUGUUUGUUGACUUACAGAGAAUACAAGCAGAGCUGGGUGGGGAUUCAGCAACGUGGAAUGAUGCAAGACCUCAGUUGGAAUAACGCUGCUCAACAUUAUGAGGACGUUUUUGUUGCUGCAAAGUAUCAAUGGUAAGCUCAGUUCUAACAUGAUAUUGGCAAUUUAAGCCAUAUGUCUCAAUAUCCAAGUUUAACUGUAACAGUUUCUCCAUGAGAACAAUUAUAGUAGUCAGACUCAUAGUAGUAGAUAUAGGAAAAAGCAGGUCGGUGCACAUACGCACCUAAUGAUAUAUUGUUCUCAUAAGGAAACUUGUGGUUGAGAACUUUAUUUUCUAUAUAUAGAUCACAUAAUAUACCAUUAAAGUCUA